GGAUGCCUUUGUUUGAGGAAAACGGCUUAAGCCAACUCUCUUUCCAGGGUCUCUUCGCUACUUAAAUGACACACACGGGCGUAUGUUUAUCUGCGCUUGUGUUCCUUGUUCGUCAGGCCUGAGUGGUCAUUGGUUCUAGUCACACAGCUUUUUAGGGUUUAAGAGGUAGGCGAAGAUUUCAUUUCCAAGAUGGAAAGCCCGUCCGACUCAGCUGUGAUUUUACCUAGCACUCCACGGGCCUGCGCCAGCCCACCAUCUCCCCGUACAAGCAGUUUAAGAAAACAACCUAUGAGUGCAACACUUAGAGAACGAUUAAGGAAAACUAGAUCUUCAUUUAAUUCCUGUUACAGUGUGGUAAAACGUCUUAAAAUAGAGAAUGAAGAAAACGAUCAGACUUUUCCUGAGAAACCACCAUCUUCAACAGAAGAAAACUGUUUGGAACUUCAGGAAAAUUUUAAACACAAAGAUGGUGAGUUCAAAGAAAGUAUGUGUUUGAAAAAUACCUUCAAGAAUAUCAGUGCGUGUGAAUCUAAAUCUCUUGAUACUGAGUCAUGCAGUGAUCUCCAAAGUGACUUUGUGAAUGAGGAACUUCCCAAACAGGGAUUGAGUGAAGAAAGAACAAAAUUGAUGAAGCAGAUUGAAGAGAAAGAAGACCUUCUUCGGAGGCUAAAACUGGUCAAAAUGUAUAGAUCAAAGAAUGACUUGUCUCAGUUACAGUUGUUAAUACAGAAGUGGAGAAGCUGUAGCCAGCUGUUGCUUUAUGAGUUGCAGUCAGCCAUGUCUGCGGAGAACAGGAAACUCAGCCUUACUCAGUUGAUAGACCACUAUGGGUUAGAGGAUAAGUUGCUACACUAUAACAGAAAUGAAGAAGAAUUUAUGGAUGUUUAAUUCAUAAUUAUUUCCCCAGAAUAUUUUUGAGAAUGAUAAGUUAAAAGAUACUUAAUACAUUUUAAAAGGAAGGUAGAAACCAUUAUGUAAAUAUAAAAUAAGAUCUAAAAUGAAAAUUUAGUAGUCUGGUUAAAUUUGCCAAAGGAAACUUCAUAUUUAAAGAAAUG